AGCUGUAGAGAACUGCUUUGGGAGGCGAAAGACCACGUGUGCGCCGCCAGGAUUUGAGGACUUCAACACCAAAGGAAUGUUUAGCGACUGUCUCAAAUUAAACAUUACGUAAUCAUAAUUAUCAAAAAAAGUAAUGAAAAGAACGUGAAAUAACUCGUCUAUAGUUAGAAACGUCUUGACCAGACAUAGCAGUCUUAGAACAAUCAAGAGGCAAGUGUAUCCGCACUUGAAUUUUCUCGUAAAAAAUCGAUGGCUGUCGGGUCUAUUUCGGAUCAUCGGAAGACUUUUUCCCAUUGUUUGAAGGUCACUGGGUCAAUAUUAUGAACUAAUGGUAUCACUUACCCUCCUCGCAUUUGUACCCAAACAUCAACGAAAGACGUGCUAUUUUUCUCACAGACUAAAUCAUUCAUUUUCUGGCCAGAAAUGUUCUCUAAAAGCCCGAAUUUCGCUCGAAAAGGAGGCCAUCAGCAGCUCAAUCAAGAUGGAGUGGACGACGAAGAUAAGAUUAUCGCGGGAGUAGAAUUUUCCGUCCAGUACAUGGGAUCUAUUGAGGUAAGCAGUGGAUGUGGUACAGGCAGCGAGAAAACAGAUGUCCCCGUAGCUCAAGUUAUGACUCAAAACAAGACGAAAUCUGAUGACAAGAAAUCUAAAAAAAUGAAAAUGACAGUUACUCAUAAAAAUUUGAGCGUCAUGGAGGAGAACACUGGAGCGUUGGUGGCCAGUUUUCCGAUCUCUAAGGUGACGUACUGCAACGUGGAUGGUACUUACGAGAAAGCCUUCGUAUUUGUGGCUCGAGAACGUAAAGAAAAGCCUUUCAAAGCGUACGUCUUUCUCUGUAACUCAAAAUCCAAGGCACAAGAAGUAUUCAAAGCGGUUUCUCUUGCUUUUAAAAUGAACUAUGAGAGUUACCAGGCGACGUCAAUACGUGAAGCAAGCUUACGGUCGUUCGCGAGGGAUGGAAACUACAGCGACGAAGAAGAGGGCAUCGCAGGAUUGCGUGCAGAGACCAAUAAUAAUAAUGAAUGGAAUUAUGCAAACGAGCAAGGUGAAGUAAACAGGCCGUGCUCUCCGAAAAAUGGCGUAAGAAACAUUACUCCAACAACCAGAGAACAAAAUUUCCUCCGUCCUGUAGACAGGAGGUUGGAAAGCCUUCAGAACUCGCGAAUACGAAGCAACACGGCUCCCAUAGUAAAUACUGCUGUUGCAAACGAUCCUGGAGACUCUACAACAAAUAAUGAUGAUGAUUUUGACGAAUUUACACAGCUGGCCAAAUCACGUUCAAAAACAGUGGACUCUCAACAGCAAAAUAUUCAGACUACGAGUUCACAGAGAUGGGAUAGCGAUCCGUCGAUUUUCAGCUUACGAAUUCACUAAUCUUAAUUGAAAGCAGAACUCAUAGACUAAACUUAAAUGUGUGUUUGGUGAAGUGUUCGAUUAAUUUGGACAAAUUAAUUUAAAAUUAACUCGGCAUUUCCAGCUUUCUGAUAUUUCUCAAAAGUAGAAAAGACUUGCAUCAUUUUGAACGCAUGUCUGGCUUGCUUUUGGCAGCUUAAUUUAAUUAUCUGUAAAUACUAUUAAUAUUCGGUAGUGGAUCCCAGGUACAAAGUUUUUAUCUCUAUGGCUUGUAGUUUUUGUCUAUUUAAAAGGUCAUAGACUAAAUAUUUUUAGCAGAACUCUGGGAAUUGAAUAUAUAUUUUAACUUCUCAGUGCAACGAUUCAUGUAAUUUGAGCUGGAAUAAUAGCGGAAAUCAUUGAAACCACCAUAAGAUUAUAAUUGUCGAAAUGCCAUUGUAGUUUUACAACCUCAACAUAAUUUCACGUACAGAAACUAAGUUGAGUUUUUUGAGGAUUUUUAAAAAUAUUUUUAUGCUGUGAAAUACCUUAAGGUGGGGUUAGGGAAUGGUAAAGAAACUUUCUAAGUUGGCUGAAGAAUAAACGUUAGUGUAAACAGUU